AUGUUGUUCGCAUUCCCUAUAUGGUGCUACUUAUUAGCACUAGGCCCUCUCUUUGUUGCAGGAGACUCUAGCUUAGACAACUCCUUUCGCAAGCACUGUCUCUCCUAUAAACCCCACAGACUGAUAUUCAACUCCACCUUGACGCGCCUGGAGUACAUCACCAAUGGCACCAAGCUUGUCCUCGAUGACACUGUAGAGUCUUGCAACCGGCCUUCUCAGCAAGUCUCGGCUGAUAUCUGCCGCAUUGCUCUCCAGAUCCCGACUUCAGAGCGGUCCAGCAUAAGCUUUGAGCUAUGGCUUCCGCAGAAGUGGGAAGGUGCUAGAUAUCUCGCAACUGGGAAUGGGGGUGUUGAUGGAUGUAUCAAGUACGAGGACCUGGCCUAUGGAACAGCUCACGGGUUUGCUACUAUGGGCACGAACAACGGCCAUAACGGCACUACGGGUGAAACCUUUUUCAAUAACCCCGAUAUUAUCGAGGACUUUUCGUAUCGAGCCCUUCACACAGGCACCACAACGGCGAAGAAGAUCAUCAAGAACUUUUACAGCAAAGAGGCCAGUCGUUCAUAUUACAUCGGAUGCUCGCUAGGUGGUCGCAUGGGUAUCAAAGCAGCUGAAGCCUUCCCAAAUGACUACGACGGCAUUGUUGCUGGGGCCCCAGCUGUCGAUUUCAACAAUCUUCAGGGUCAGAGAGCCAUGUUCUAUCCCAUCACUGGUCCUAUAGGUUCACCUGGUUUCAUCGAUGCGGAGACCUGGAAAGGAUUAAUACACGACGAAAUUCUCAGACAAUGCGAUCAUCUCGAUGAUGUUGAAGACGGCAUCAUUGAGAUCCCUAACAAAUGCUUCUUCAACCCUUGGGCUAUCUUAUGUCGGCGAGACGAAUCAACUAAUUGCCUCACCUUCGCACAGGUCAAACAAGUUCAAGAGAUCUACGCACCGUACACUUACCCCGAUGGACAGCUCAUCUUUCCUCGGAUGAACCCAGGGAACGAACAGCAAGCUGUUUCGAAACUUCUCGCUGGCAAACCGUUCAGUUAUUCCGAAGACUGGUUUCGAUAUGUCGUUCUCAACGACCCAGACUGGGAUGCCAUCACUUACGACAGAGACCUCGUGCGUCGAGCCGACGAACUGAAUCCCUUUGGCAUCCGGACAUAUCCGAAAACUCUUCCUGCUUUCAAAGAGCGUGGCGGAAAGAUCCUCAGCUACCACGGUGGUCAAGAUAACCAAAUCACCCAAUUCAACACGGAGCGCUUCUGGGAUCACAUGGAAAGCGCCGACCCAGACCUACACGAUCACUUCCGGUUCUUCCGUGUCUCUGGCAUGUUUCACUGUAACACUGGCCCCGGAGCUUGGGCUAUUGGUCAAGGUGGUGGUACCCCAGCUGCUGGCAUUCCAUUUGAUCCACAACACAACGUCUUGGCUGCGAUAGUUGCUUGGGUUGAAGAGGGACGAGCACCUGAGACACUGACAGGGACAAAGUUUGUUGAUGACAAUUACACGAGGGGCAUUGACUUUCAGCGAGAUCAUUGUUCAUACCCUAGGGAACAAACUUACAUCGGGGGCGAUCACAGGCAACCAUCCAGCUGGAAAUGCAAGUCAUGA